AUGGUUCAGUUUUUGCUUGAGUGUAGUGAGUCACAAGAAAUUAUAGAAUCUGUAUUACAAAAUGCAAAUAACGUUUAUCUAGUGCAAUAUGGCUCUAUUUAUAAUAUAUAUUAUUUUAAAUCAUAUCACAAAAAAGAAAAACUAUCUUAUCAAAAAUUAUCAGAGCGUUGCAAAUCUAUUGGACAUAGUGUAAAUGAAAUAUGGGCAAGUAGAAAGUGUUGGGAAAAAAUUAUCCCUGAAGUUUUUGAUUUUGUUGCUAUGAUGCAGAAGUAUGCAGAACAUUUACAAAAAUCUUUACAACUUACAAAUAAUGCACAUAAUUCUACUAAAUUAGUUCGUAUAUCUAGUAAAAAUUGUAGUUUUACAAUUAUUUUGGGUAGUUCAGAAAUUAAUUCUAAUUAUAUAGAAUUGAAAGAAAGAUUUAUUGAAAAAGAGCUUUAUA